UACAGCACGCAUACACAAAUACUCUAAAUAUAAUACUCUAAAAUGACCAGACAACAUGGAACUUUACCAUCUGGGUUGAUAUUUUUUAACAUUUUAAACUCAAAAGAAGAUGGAAAUAAAAGGAAAAGGAAUUGUUUUAAUUUGCGGGUUUUCUUUAGACGUAAUGCUUUUGUUGUUCUCACAUUGACUGCUGUAAUUGUAGGAGUUUCCCUCGGGUUUUGGCUGCGGACAUUUGACAUGGGAGCCCAGGAAAUUCUCUACGUCAGUUUUCCUGGAGAGGUGCUCAUGAGAGUGCUACAGCAGAUGGUGCUUCCACUGGUUCUAUCUAGUUUAAUUGCAGGGAUGUCUUCUUUGGAAAAGAAAGUGUACAGCAAAAUUGGACUUCGAGCUCUUGUCUAUUAUGUGGUAACUACAGUAACUGCAGCGUUUACUGGCAUUGCCCUGGCCGCUAUUAUCCAACCUGGAAAACUGUCCAAAAAGUCAGAGAUGUCCACAACUCAAAACUCUGAUGCUCAAACAGUGGACUCCUUUCUAGAUUUACUCAGAAACAUGUUUCCUUCAAAUCUUGUGGAGGCUUGUUUUCAAAAGUACAAAACUGAAUAUGUCUCAAAUGAGAACAAGGUUGUACUCAAUAUGACUGAAGGUAGAAUGAUAAAUGAGACUAUAGCAGUCCCAGGGUCUUCAGACGGGCUAAACGUAUUGGGGUUGCUGGUUUUCUGCACUGCAUUUGGUCUUGUCCUUGGUGGUAUGGGAAGCAAAGGACAGCCACUUAGAGACUUUUUCACCUGUCUGAAUUUGGCCAUUAUGAAACUAAUCAACAUUGUGAUUUGGUAUAGCCCAGUGGGAAUCCUCUUCUUGUUGGCGGGUCAGAUUUUAAAGAUAGACAAUUUAGCACAUAUAAGCCGUGGAGUUGCCAUGUACACCGUGUCUGUGAUUGUUGGCCUGUUCAUUCACAGCUUUGUCACCCUUCCUCUCAUAUAUUUCAUUAUCAUCAGGAAAAAUCCCUUCAGAUUUAUGAUUGGUCUAAUCCAGGCUCUGACCACUGCUUUUGGCACAUCAUCCAGCUCUGCGACCCUCCCUGUUACCUUUUACUGUAUGGAGGACAAUCACAAAAUGGACAAACAAGUAACUCGCUUCAUGCUGCCAGUUGGAGCAACAAUGAACAUGGACGGUGCUGCACUUUAUGAGGCUGUAGCUGCUUUAUUCAUCGCACAAGUGAAUAACAUUGACUUCAGCAUUGGUCAGAUUAUAAUCCUCAGUUUCAUAGUCACAGCUGCCAGCACUGGUGCUGCUGGGAUCCCACAGGCCGGGAUGGUCUCCAUGCUGAUUGUCCUAACAUCAGUUGGACUACCUGCAGAAGGCAUAUCUCUCCUCAUGCUCGUGGAUUGGCUUUUAGAUCGGCUGAGGACUGCUACAAAUGUACUGGGGGACUGUAUUGGUGUAGGGGUCGUUCAGCAUCUGUCCAGACAUGAACUGCAAACGCCAGCUGAGUAAUAUAUAUGUUUUCAAUCUACAAAAAUAUG